UAUUCGUAAAUGACAAUUUCAAAUUGUAAUUUAUAGUAUCAUAUCUCAACAUAUAUAUAUAAUUUGUAGUAAAAGAUAUUUGUGUGGGUAAAUUAGAGCAAAAAAAAAAAAAAACUAAUAUAAUGUUACAAACGUAAAGACAAGAUUUUUCCUAAGACAAAAUUAACAGUUUCUCAAUGACAGUAGCAGUGACAUUAGAGUGUGUCGAUGGCAAAAAAAAUUAUUAUUUUCAUUCUGUUUUAUAUUUUUAAUUUUUCCCAUGAGUUAAUUCCUGAUUCUUCAAAAAAAAUUACAGAUUUGAUUCAAGAUUAUGGUUAUUUGGUACAAACGCAUUAUGUUACAACACAAGAUGGAUAUAUUCUUGAAAUACAACGAAUUCCAGGGAUUAAAGGUGAAAAUAUUAAGAGAGGAAAAAAUUUGGUAUUAUUGAUGCAUGGACUUUUAAUGAGUUCUGCAGAUUGGGUUGUAACUGGUCCAAAUACCUCAUUGGCAUUUUUAUUAGUUGAAAAUGGAUACGAUGUGUGGUUAGGAAAUAAUCGCGGUAAUACUUUUGGAAAAAAUCAUACAAAACAACUUGAAACAAGCUAUGGAUUUUGGGAUUUUAGCUGGCACGAAUUUGGAAUUUACGAUUUACCUGCAACAAUUGAUUAUAUUUUGAAAGAGACCAACAUGACUGAUUUAAAUUAUAUUUGCUUUUCACAAGGAUGUACACAAUUGUUAGUGAUGGGAUCUUUAAAACCAGAGAAUAAUAAAAAAAUACGAUUCACUGCUGCUUUAGCACCUGCCGCCUAUUUUAAAUAUACAAAAGGAUUAAAUGCAUUGCUGCAUAAUAUGAUUUUAUUAUCGAGGAAUUUUGUAGAAAAUUUUGGAUAUUUUGAAAUUUUUCCCGCUCUUUCGAUUAUUAGAGUACUUAUAAAAUAUUUAUGUGGAAUUGGAAAUCCGUGGCAAAAUUUGUGUUAUAUUUUUAUGUUUUCCUUUGUUGGCAGUGGAAUAGACGAAAUGGACCGGCAAAAAAUAACUGAUAUAUUAACAUAUUUUCCUGCUGGAAGCUCAUUGAAACAAAUAAUCCAUUAUCACACUGGAAUGAUGAAUGGGGAAUUUUCUCUAUAUGAUUAUGGAGCUGUGAAAAAUUUGCUCCUAUAUAAUACAACAGUUCCUCCCAAAUAUCCAAUUGAAAACAUUAAAGUACCGAUUGCUAUAUUUUAUGGAGUUAACGAUUUUCUAUCAUCUCCAGGGGAUGUAUUAUAUCUAUCGUCUAAAUUACCAAAAGUUAUUGGAAAAUUUGUUGUAAGAGAAAGAAAAUUAAAUCACUUGGAUUUUAUUUAUGGAAAAAAUGUACGACAACUUGUUUAUGGACAAUUGUUAAAAAUUUUAAAUAAUUUUAGAAAAAAUUAAAAUCUGAAAAUCUCA